AUGAAGCGAGCAGCAGACACCGAACUUGCGCUCCCCUCGUCGCCUGCGGAAUCAUCUGCCUCCCCAGCACCCUCCUCAUCAGAACCGCCACGCAAGCGCUCCCGCUCCGAGACCUCGCCAGAGGAGCGUAAGGAAGCCCGCGCACACCGUAACCGCAUUGCGGCCCAGAACUCACGCGAUAGGCGGAAGGCCCAGUUCACCCUCCUCGAGCGCCGGGUCGCCGAGCUUCAGGAAGAGAACAGGCAGCUGCGUGCUGGGAUGGGGCUCAUGGGCCUCAAGCAGUCGGAGGACGACAAAGUCAAAGAGCAGCGAGAAAGAGAUAGAGCAAGGGAUCGGGAGAACGAGGGGCUGAGGGCGAGGAUCAAGACGCUUGAGUCGGGCUGGGAAGCCGUCGUCAAAGCGCUGUCCGCCUCUGGACUACCCCUCAACAUUCCAGGCGCACCUGUGCCCUCCUCCAGCACCUCCCCUUCCAACCCCCCACCAGCCGACUCCCCGUCGUCGGACGCGCCUACGACCACCACAUUUCCCGUCCUAGUCCCCCCAUCACCUACCUCCGUCUACCCCAUCUCCCCCGCCCCGACCGACCCGAGCACACCUCUUGAACUGUUUAACGACUUUGCGCCCACUUGCCACCUAGCACGGGUGCUCCCGUCAGACACCAACCUUCUCCAACUCACGCUCGGGCUCGAUACCGCCCAUUCUCCGUUCCUCCCCCUUCUCAGCGCUGGCCAAGAGCAGCACCCUUCCGCUGUGGAUGAGGUGGCUAUGGAAAACCUCCUCCGCGAGAUCCUUGCGCCCUCUCCCAUCGCCGCGCCGGCGGCGCUGCCCGAUGGUUCUGUCCCUGUCCCUGUCACCGCGCCCCCAUCAGAACAUGAAGGGCCCGCCGUACCCGCGGCGGAAGCCCCCUCCCCGGCCGCCAGGGCCGCGGAGACGGUGAGCGCAGUGUCUGUCGACUGGGAGGGGCAGGCGGACAUACAGAGAUUAUUGGGCAUGCUCCCUGGUGCCCAGUCUGACGCGGAGGUGUUCCCGUCCGCGCUCGACCUCGAUAUCGACUUCGGCAUGGGCGAGUGGGAUAUGGGCGGCAUGGGCACCCAGGAAGUCGGCGUGUGUUAGGCACGCGGCUCCCUCCCUCUUCCGUCUCGUCAGCCGCAUCUCUAGCUUUCCGCAUCUCUGGGUCUCUCGCGUCUAUUUAUCGGACCAGUCGCAGUACAUACACUAUCUCUGUUUUGUUUUCGUUCGAUUUCUCCUCUCUGGUUUUUCUCCCGCCACUUCGUUUCUGCGCCCUCCUGUUCUGCCGCCUUCCCUCUGCAGUACGUAGCUAGUCUGGCCUGUCGUCGUGUGCUCGCAGCUGUCUCCCUCCUGCUUCCUGUGCGGUUCUCCCCUUCUGGGUUGACGAAUUGCCUGCGUUGUGGGUGGUGAGCGCGCUUGUGCGUGUCUGAUGGGUGUAGGUUGGGUGUCGUUUCUGUAGUCAGUGUAGUUUGGUUGGAUAGUUGGUCAAUGUAGCGUUGUUGUGGUG